AAUUGUGGCAUGUGGCAUCAUGUUUAUGUUUGGAUUCAUACUUUUUCUAAGCCAAUACAAUUCAGAUUCCAGAAAAUCGGAAUCCUUUUUCUGUUUUCUCUCAAUAAACUUACAAUCAGAGCAGCGCAGAGGUGAGUUUGGAAUUGGAUUUGGAGUUGCAAUGGAAGAAGCAAACUGGAGCGAGGCAGUUGAGGACUUAUUAGACGCCGGAGACACGGACGGAGCAAUCGCUCUCCUCGAAACGCAAGUUUCGAAGCUCCAAACCCUAAACUCUUCCAAUUCUGCAUUGGCCUCUGCUCUCGGCGACUUGGCCACUCUCUACUCCUCCAAGGGCUUCUCUCUCAAAGCCGACGACCUUCGCUCUCAGGCUCAGCUCCUCAAACUCCAACCUCUCUCUCGUGAUAAUCAGUCAAAUGAGGAUCGAAUUUCGGCUCCUGAUGUUGCUUUGCCUUGUGAUGAUUCAGGGCAUCUUGGGAAACCAAUGAAAUCUACUGAGGAUGAAAAUCCAGGCAAUGGGUCUUCAGAUGACGAUUGGGAAGCUAUGGCAGAUCGUGCACCUGAUGAAUUACUCUCCUCACAAUGUUUGCCUGGAGUAUCAGAACCUGUGAUGCAGGAUACCAAAGUCCAGGCCCCUGAUACCAAAGUCCAGGCCCCUAAGCAGCGUGGAAGGGGAACAUUCUCAUAUAAGAAACAUGAACUGUAUAGUGAUCAGUUAUCUGAUAAGUCAAUUAUCAAUGAUGCAAAAGAUGAAGAUGAUGCAUGCGAUAAUGCAGAAGUGAAGAGAGAUACAAGAAAUUCAAGAUAUGGUAAGCGUCAUGUUCUGGUUCUUGCUGACUUCCCACCGAGUACUAGGACAAUAGAUCUAGAGAAGCUUUUUCAGGACUUCAAGGAUCAGGGAUUUGUUAUUCGCUGGGUCAAUGAUACAACAGCACUUGCAGUAUUUCGAACGCCAUCAAUAGCGCUUGAGGCCAGAAAUCACAUUCAAUAUCCAUUCACUGUACGUAUACUUGAUGAGGAUGAUACCCUUAUGAGCUCAAUUUCGCCGAGAGACUUGGAACCUCCCCGACAAAGGCCACAGACAUCAACGAGAACUGCCCAGAGGUUGAUUGCUCAGGGGAUGGGGUUGAAAUUGCCUUCCGCAACCAAUGGGUCCCAAGAAUUUAGAAAACAGGAAAAUGAAAGAAGAAAUCGCAUCGUCACAAGGCAAAAAUUGAAAGAUGAUGCUUGGGGUGAUGAUUUAAAUUAAGAUUUUAAAUUAACCCCUUAAAUCAUCCAUAGAUUCUUGUUUUUAUACACGUGCUAGAUAUCCUUGUUAGAAGAAACUGCAUGUCACAAGGCAAAAAUUGAGAAAUGAUGUUUGGGGUGAUGAUUUAAAUCAACCCCUUAAAUCACCCAUAGAUUCUCGUUUUAAAAUACAUGCUAGAUGUCCUUGCCUUUGUAUUGUUGGUAUAUCAUUGAAUCUGAAAAUCCUUUGGUA